AUGGUCCAAGUAGCCUCGGCCCGCAUCACUGCUCAAGCGCUACCCUCCGGCCUGGCCGACCAUCUCGUCGACGCCCCAUUCGGCGCCGGCCCCGGCUCUGCAAUGGCCUCAGCCUCCGCCUCCUCGCCGGGCCUUUUCUCGCUCUACCUCGGCCUGCCUCUGCUCCUCAUCGGACUCGGCGUUCUGCUGGCCGUCUUCCUCGCCAUCGGCUGGCGUCUGGCCCUCUGUCAAGCCGCCAAACUGCUGCCCCAACCGGCCUGCCGCGAUGACGCCAACACAUCGAACCAGGCUCGUUCCCAUGCC